AUGGCCACAGGGGACGGGUCGAGCCAGAGGCUGCCCCAGGUGGCCGAGGAAGGGGAGCCGCAUCUGCCCACAGGCCGGGAGCUGACCGAGACCAACCGUUUUGCCUAUGCCGCCCUCUGUGGCAUCUCCCUGUUCCAGCUCUUUCCAGAACCUGAGCAAAGAUCCUUCUGCACGGACUUUGUGGCUGGCCUGGUGAAGUGGCUGGACUUGUCCGAAGCUGUCUUGCCAACCAUGACUGCUUUUGCCAGCGGCCUGGGAGGCGAAGGAGCAGACACGUUUGCUCAGAUUUUAUUGAAGGACCCCAUCUUGAAGGACGACCCACUGGUGAUCACUCAGGACCUUCUGAGCUUCUCACUCAAGGAUGGGCGCUAUGAUGCUCGGGCCCGAGUCCUCAUUUGCCACAUGACCUCCCUCCUCCAAGUGCCCUUGGAGGAGCUGGACCUCCUCGAAGAGACGUUCCUCGAGAGCCUGAAGGAAACCAAAGAGGAGGAAUCUGAAACGGCCGAGGCAUCCCGGAAGAUGAAAGAAAACCGGAGGAAGUGGAAGCGCUAUCUCCUGAUAGGCUUGGCGACGCUGGGAGGCGGGACAGUGAUCGGCGUGACUGGGGGUCUGGCUGCCCCUCUUGUUGCUGCCGGAGCCGCGACAAUCAUUGGCAGUGCCGGGGCAGCGGCUCUGGGCUCAGCGGCCGGCAUAGCUGUCAUGACCUCGCUGUUCGGUGCAGCUGGAGCUGGCUUGACAGGAUACAAGAUGCAGAAGCGUGUCGGGGCCAUUGAAGAGUUCACGUUUCUGCCUCUGACAGAAGGCAGGCAGCUACACAUCACCAUCGCCAUCACGGGAUGGCUGGCAUCUGGCAAAUACCGUACCUUCAGCGCCCCAUGGGCUGCCCUGGCCCACAGCCGCGAGCAGUACUGUCUGGCUUGGGAGGCCACAUACCUGAUGGAGCUUGGCAACGCCCUGGAGACCAUCCUCAGUGGUCUUGCCAACAUGGUGGCCCAGGAGGCCCUAAAAUACACAGUGUUGUCUGGCCUUGUGGCUGCCCUGACCUGGCCAGCCUCACUCCUCAGUGUUGCCAAUGUCAUCGACAACCCCUGGGGUGUGUGUCUCCAUCGAUCAGCAGAGGUUGGCAAGCACCUGGCCCACAUUCUGCUCUCCCGGCAGCAGGGCCAGCGGCCUGUCACCUUGAUUGGCUUCAGCCUGGGAGCCAGAGUCAUCUACUUCUGUCUGCAAGAGAUGGCUCAGGAGAAAGAUUGCCAAGGGAUCAUCGAAGACGUUGUCCUGCUGGGCGCGCCCGUGGAAGGAGAAGCCAAGCACUGGGAGCCUUUCCGGAAGGUGGUAUCUGGAAGGAUCAUCAAUGGCUACUGCAGUGGGGACUGGCUUUUGAGCUUUGUCUACCGCACGUCCUCCGUGAAGCUCCGAGUGGCCGGCCUACAGCCCGUGCUGCUGCAGGACAAGAGGGUGGAGAACGUGGACCUGUCCUCCAUGGUCAGCGGCCACUUGGACUACGCCAGGCAGAUGGACGUCAUCCUGAAGGCCGUGGGCAUCCACACCAAGCCAGGCUGGGACAAGAAGGGGCUCUUGCUGGCCCCAGGCAGCCUGCCCCAAGAGGGGCCUCACCAGGCAGCAGCGCCCUCCUCAUCGGAUAAGACCACCAACCAGGAUGGGCAAACCCGAGAUCCCACAUCCCCCUUGGGAGACACCCCCAAAGCAGCCACAUCUCUUGACCCCAGCCAAGCCCAAGUGCCAGUGGGACUGGACCAUUCUGAAGGGGCCUCUCUUCCUGCUGCUGCCAGCCCUGCCGAGAGCCCCCCUGUCUGCAGCCAUGGCAUGGGCCCCAACCCACUGGGCUGCCCCGACUGUGCCAGCGAGACACAGGGGUCCUGCCCAGGGCUGGACUGA